GAGAAUUGCGCAUUGACCUUGUUUGUUGUCGACAUUUUGGGGAGUAGUUAUUAAAAAGCUCAUUGAUUCAGAAUAUUCUAGAAUUCAGUAAACAUAUAGCGAUAUAUUGUUAAUAUAAGUUUUAAAUAUUAUUAUUCACAUGAAUGAUUGUGUCAUUUAAUUGUAACAACUUAGAUGGUGGUGGAUACGUUUAUAAUCUGUUGUUACUAAUUUAGGGGUAGUUUAGACCAAGAUAUUGCUGAGUUGGCGCUUCAAGCAAAGAAGACAUGCUAUAUAUCUGAAGUGAUUGAAGAGAUUAAAUAAGGAAUACAUCAUGGCUCCAAUUGAUCCACUACAACUUUUGAAGGCUCUAGGAUCGUUGCUGUCAGAAGAUGGUGGGAUUAAAAGUGGUGAAGAAGUGGGAAAACUCUCAAGCCUCAUGAAAAAGUUUUCCAAAAAACUUGUCAGUCGCUGUGUGUACUGCAAUGUCUUGCGAUCAACAAAGCCAGAAAUUCUUAGCUUGUUUUUAAAUAGUGAUGGCUGGGGAACUUUAAAUCAUUGGAUUCAAGAUGCGAAGGAUACAGAAAAUUAUGCUUUUGUUUUGGAGCUUCUGAAGCUAUGCCAUUUAUUGCCUAUGACAGUAGAAAGACUUAAGGAAAAUAACACUGCAAAACUUGUGAAGUCGUUAACUAAAAGCCCAAAUGAAGAUAUUAAGAUAUUAGCAUCUGAAGUUGUUGAAGAAUGGAUGAAAUUAAUCAAAGGAGAGAAGGCUGAGAAAUCUGAGACUGCUUAUGAAAAAUUAGAAAAAAUAAAAAGAAGAAAAAGCGAGAAAAAGAGCAAAGCAAAGUCAGAGAAAAUGGAAGAAAGUAAAGAGAAAAUUCGACUUAAACAAAAGACUGUUGAUAAUAGUGAUCUUGAAGAUGUAAAGCCUAUACUGUCAGAAGAACCUCAGAUUAAGAAAGCUAAGACUGACAGACCAAAAACAGUGAAAGCUUACCAGACAAGGUUCCGAUCUACAGGCUUAGAAGAGGCUACUCCCUUACCCAAAGACGUUCAUAAAAAAAUUCCUACAGUAGACAAAAGUGCUGCCGUGGCUGCAGCUAAAAGUGCUGUGAAACGAUUAAAUGUUACUAGGGAAGUCAAACCUCCAGAAAAAAGGAUAAAACCUUCAAGUCUGAUUACUGCAGUGGAAGAAAACAGUACAGGCCCUGGGAUUAAACUGAUCCCUCCAAAACCAAAACCGGUUCAUGUCCUUCAUGAAAGUGCUGGAUUCAUGGAUGCCCUGGUUGCAACUCCAACACCUACACCUCGUAAAAAGAAGAAAGCAACAGCAGCAUCUAAAUCCCCAACAACUCCUCCAUCUCCUACAACUAAUCCUCCAAGGUUUCAGUUUUACAAAGAUACUCUAGAAACUUCCAUGGAAGAAAAGGAAGAAACUGAAGGAGGGGAGCCUAAGGUGUCUGAAAGAAAAGAAUCCACUUCCUCCACUAUCAUCGAAGAAUCCCCACAAUCCCCAACAGAAACACCAGUAGCUCCUGACAGCACCAAACAAGCAAUAAGAGAACAGCCAGUUGAUGAUACAGGAGAAGCUGCUGACUGGAUGGAGUCCGAAAAGGAUCGGACCAUUCAGUAUCCACUACAGUCCAUUUUAUCACAUGGCAAAAGGAAGAAAGAAAAGAAAAUGGUGAAAUGGCCUCAGGAACACAAGUUACAACAAGUAUAUUUUUUUGAAAUGGAUGAAACCGAGAGAGUAAAUGUAAACCACACAAAGGAAUUUGGAGAUAUGAAACACAUAGAAAUGAGGUUGGAGAGGCAAGCCAGAGAAACAGUUCGUCGGUUGAUGGACGACCAUAUGGAGGAAACUAUCCCUUGGAAAGUUCCGUACCCCAUUGACUUUUUGCAACAAUUAGUAGUACCAGGGCUUAAUAGUCAGGAGAAGAUACUACAACAAGAGAAACAACAAACCACCUUGCAGGAGAUCUUUUUCAAUAAGAAUAUGCUUCCAGACACACCCCAAGAACCAGAACACCAGUUGUUUCAUCCACAAGAACCUGUGGUUAUUCCUCUGGAAGAUGAAAACAACCCUGGGGCAGUGAUCGACUAUUCAGCAGUAGAUCUACCUCGCCCAAAACUGGACCUUCCUCCUGUCCUAUCCCAUUUAAUGGUGUCUCUAUCAGAAAAAGGAUACCCAGUAGAUCACGUUCCGGACUUCUUUCCAAAUAACCCAGAUAGUAUAGUUCAUGUUCCUGAUAUUCCUUCAGUUUACCACAAUGAAUUCAACCCACCAUCACAACCACCACGGCCUCAAGGGCUUAUGGGAAGCUCUCCAGUACACCAGUAUAACCCUCCUCCUCCUCCUCCAGUCACUGAACAGUUUUACCCCCACGAUAUCCAGUUGGGUGGUCAGUGGGGUCCAUUUGAACAAGAGCUGCCACCCCCUCCAAAAUAUCCUGAGAAUUUCUCUCCUCAGGGGCCACAGCCUAUAUUCCAAAACUCUAGGCCUCCUCCCAUGAUGAGUGGCCUUCCAAGAGGAAACAGACCACUACCACCACCUAGGAUACCAGAUAUGCCUCCACCGAUGAGACCACCCCCUAUGAGAGGAGGACCACCAGGUAUAAGAAUCAGAAGUCAACCAUGGGUCCCAUGCAGACAUUUUGUUUCUGGAGGUUGUCGGCUUGGAGGGAAAUGUAAAUUUCUCCACCCUGGGGUCAACGGUCCUCCUUUGUGAAACAAGAAAUUGUGUUACCUCAAGAGGCAAAGAUCCUUCCCCACAGAACAAAAAUUUUCCCUCGUUAAGGUAACGGUUCUUUGUUUAUAAAACAAAGAACCUGAACCAAUUGACACAGUGCUCUAAAUUCUGUAUACUGGGGGUCAGAUGUAAUCUUUAUGAACCUCAUCUGCCUUUAGUAAAUAUCCAGAGGUUAAGAACAACCUGUGAAAUACUGAAGUGUCAACCUUUUCCAGAGUCUUUGGGGAUGUAGAUCUCAUAAUAAUGUUACGCAACAAAAAUCAUGCAAGUUCAUCUGUGUUGUAAAAUAUAUAUAUAUAUAUUUUUUGGAUUGGUACAUGUACAGUGAACUAUGUUGACUAACAAUGAACAGUCAUGCUCAUCUGUUGUUAGGAGGAAACAUUACGUUAGUGACCUGUACAUGAUGUCAAGUGCCUUCAAAGGACCUUUGUGGUGUUAAAUAUGAAUGUAAAUUUGACCAAGGAGAGAAGGACGUUGUGUUCUUUCCUUCUGUGUUCAUUCAACAUGUACUGUCUUCAUCUGAUGAUUCUAGGUUUCAAUGUAUGAAAAAAAGACUGAUUAAUGAAAUUGUGUAUAUAUAUAAAACUUAUGUUCUUAAAGAAUAUUUGACACGAUUUGAAGGCAAGACACUCCAUUCAUACAUUUACAUACCAUGUAAAUACCUGAAUUUGUAAUUCUGUUUGUAGUAUUCAGUAUGAUAUUACUAUAGUUAUUGUGUUUGAAAAUUACACUUGUUCUUCCCUAGGAAGUGCAAAUAAAAUGAAUAUACAUAUGUGAUGCA